AUGAUCACUCUGGCCGCACCGGACGCACGUGCUUCGCCAGCAACUCAGGCACAACAGGCUGCGCAGCCUUCUGCUCCCGGAAUAGAUGAAAUCCUGCAGUGGAUUCUGGAUCUUAAGGAUAUCAAUAGACGUGAGAACGCGCUCCUCGAACUAAGCAAGAAGAGAGACAGCGUUCCAGAGCUUGCUAUCUGGUUGUGGUAUUCUUUUGGAACGAUGGCAGCACUUUUGCAGGAGGUUAUUGCGAUAUACCCAGCGAUCAUGCCAGCAAAUUUAACGGCAACUCAGUCCAACAGAGUUUGUAACGCUCUUGCGUUGAUGCAAUGUGUAGCAAGUCACAAAGACACUAGAGGGCCGUUUCUUCAGGCCCAUAUUCCGCUGUAUCUCUAUCCGUUUCUCCACACCACAAAAACAUCUCGGUCGUUCGAGUACCUUCGCCUCACCUCAUUAGGAGUUAUUGGCGCGCUGGUUAAAACUGAUGAAAAGGAGGUUAUUUCUUUCCUGCUCUCCACGGAAAUUAUUCCACUAUGCCUUCGAAUAAUGGAACAAGGAACGGAAUUAUCUAAAACCGUUGCAACAUUUAUUCUUCAAAAAAUUCUCUUGGAUGAUACCGGUCUUUCUUAUAUUUGCCAAACAUACGAACGCUUUAGUCAUGUCGCUAUGAUUCUUGGUAAGAUGGUAAUGAAGCUAUCUCGAGAUCCAUCGUCUAGGCUGUUGAAACACGUUAUACGGUGUUACAGUCGCCUCAGCGAAGUCACCCAGAAGUAUAUCUUAAAUUUCAUGGACUUUGUCUUUUACAGUGCCCAACAAGCUUUGCGCCAAUGUUUGCCAGAUCAGCUCAAAGAUGAGACAUUCAGAGCAAUUCUUGACGAAGAUAAGUCGAGCCGUCAUUGGCUGAGAUUACUUAUGAGUAAUUUAGGUUGGUUUCUUGAAUAA